AUGCAAGAUUUACCACCAAUAGGAGGCUACGACCCCAUUCAAUGGAAGAGAAACUUACCAACGCGUGGGUUUUCCGGCACAACGUAUUUCUUUGGAAUCCUAGCUGUCAUGUCAUUUGGAUUCUAUCGUUACUAUCAAGGUGUCAAUGAACAACGUGAAUUAACUAGAGAAAAAAAAUGGGCAAGAUUUCAUUUAGAGCCUUUGCUAUUAGCUGAGGAAGAUAGGAACCUUGCUAGACGUUAUUUUGCUGAAGAAGAGAGGCAAAAUUUGAUUAAAGAGAGUGCAACAAGCGAUGAAGUUAAACAACGUUUGGACGAGGAAUUGUAUCAUGACAAGAGUAAAUUUAGAUUCCCAAGGUAUGUUCCUGGCCUUGAUCCUAAGGAUGUAUAG